GUGGAAGGUGGGUGGGUAAUUCUGUCACAGAGGAGCUGGCCUCCUGAACUCAGCAGAUAGUUCAUGUGCAGGGGACCUUAGUAUCUGGGACCAAGACACAUUACUACAGUCAUGCCUUUUGCAGGGAGGUGAGCUCACCAGGAAUCAUCUGCUAUUUCAGACUCCUUGUUAUUACUGGCCAGGGGCCCCUGUCGCUGAGAAGAAAUGGUGGAUUUCCCAGUCUUCCCAGACUCCUGCCAGAGAGGGCCUCUCCCCAGCAGUGUCUUCUUCCUCACCCAUCUCUUUCUUCUCCUCCAGCCCGGAAAGCUGAACUCAGAGGAGGAGGUCAGGGUGGUAGGCCCCGGGGAGCCCAUCCUGGCACUCGUCGGGGAAGAGGUGGAGUUCUCGUGCCACCUGUCACCAUACCUGGAUGCCGAGGAUAUGGAGAUCCGCUGGUUCCGGAGUCAGACCUCUGACGUGGUGCAUCUGUACCAGGGGCGACAAGAGCUCUACAGCCAGCAAAUGGCACAGUUCCAGAACAGGACAAAACUCAUCAAGGAUUAUAUCAUGGAUGGAAGUGUGAACUUGCGGCUCCAUGGUGUCGUUCCUGCUGAUGAGGGCCUGUACGGGUGCCGUUUCCUCUCCAGCAGCUUCUCCAAGGAAGCCGUCUGGGAACUGGAGGUAGCAGGGCUGGGCUCAGACCCUCGCAUCUCCCUUGAGGGCUUCAAUAAGGGAGGUGUUCAGCUGAGGUGCAGCUCCAGUGGCUGGUACCCCAAACCCCAGGCUCAGUGGAAAGAUCAUAAAGGACAGUGCUUAUCUCCCGAGACGGAAACAAUUGUCCAGGAUGCUCAGGGCCUGUUCAAUCUGGAAACAUCUGUGCUUGUCCAAGGAGAUGUCCAUAGCAAUGUGUCUUGCUCCAUCCAGAACUCUCUCCUGCUCCAGAAGAAAGAGUUCACCAUCCAGAUAGCAGAUGCCUUUUUACCCGGAGGCUCCCCUUGGAAGAGGGCUUUCCUCGGGACGCUGGUGGCUCUGCCGCUCCUACUGGCUCUCCUCAUGACGCUGGCGCUGUACUUCUUUCAGAAGCAACGGCGGUGCCAAGAAAAGCUGAGAAGGACAAAGGUAAGCAGGGAGAGGGAGAGACUCACAGCGGAACUGGGAAAGCUUCAGACAGAACUUGACUGGAGAAGGGCUGAAGGCCAAGCUGAGUGGAGAGCAGCCCAGCAAUAUGCAGUGAACGUAACCCUUGAUCCGGCCUCUGCGCACCGCAGCCUGGAAGUCUCCCAGGAUGGCAAGAGCGUGUCCUCCUGCAGAGCAGAGCUCAACCCCGUGGUGGGGGACCCCCAGCGGUUCUCCGAGCAGACGUGUGUGCUGAGCUAUCAGCGCUUCUGUGCUGGGCGGCACUACUGGGAAGUGCAUGUGGGCAGGCGCAGCCGCUGGUUCCUGGGUGUGUGUCUGGCCUCCGUGCCGCGCACAGGGCAGGUGCACCUAAGCCCAGCCAACGGCUACUGGGUGCUGGGGCUGUGGAACCGUUGCGAGUACUUCAUCCUGGACCCACAUCGCAUUGCACUCACCCUGCGUGUGCCGCCGCGGCGUGUGGGCAUCUUCCUGGAUUGGGAGGCAGGAAAACUGUCCUUCUUCAACGUGUCAGAUGGCUCCCACAUCUUCACCUUCACAGACACCUUCUCAGAGACGCUCUGUGCGUAUUUCAGACCCAGAUCUCACGACGGUAGUGAACACCCAGAUCCCCUCACCAUCUGCCCAUUGCCUGUCAGAAGGACACGCAUCCUUGAAGAGGAUGAGCUUGAUACCUGGUUACAGCCCUAUGAGCCCUCGGAUCCCACCCUGGGCCUGUGGUGAGGCACUCUCUUGCCUGCUCUGGCAAGGUUCUUUGGCAGCUUCCCGGAUCCCUGGCUGGGAUUUGCUCUCCCACUUCCUCUAGAGUGGAGGAAACAUCACCAAAAUGUCAGCAAAGGAUAAAGACUGCACAGAAGAGACAAAAAAAAAAAAAAAAAGAGAAAAGAAAAAAAGAAAAAGAAAAAAGAAAAAAAGAAAUUUUGCCUAUAGGUGUAUGCAUAUAUAUUAUAUAAUUUUCUUUAAUGAGUAGAGGGAAUUCCAAAGCUCAUUUGUGUGUAUGGUAGGAGUAAGCAAAGGAGGAACAAUAAGUUCAUGUUGUUGGGAGCCACAGUGUGUACUGUGGGAGACCAGAAAGAAACUAGAAUAGGGGAGAGAUGGUGGGAAACCUUACCGGAGUGGAUAAGAGGUAUCAGUUAACCUGUGUUUUUAAAUACUUUUUUUUAAUCUGGUUUUUUUUUUCUUUUUUUAAAUUUAAUUUUAUUUUUUCAGUGUUCCAAGAUUCAUUGUUUAUGCACCACACCCAGUGCUCCAUGCAAUAUUUAUACGUAUUCUAGCUCCAAAAUGUCUGGAAGCAAUGACACCUCAUAAGUAGGGAGUUCACUUAGGGCUUAG